GUUAUUUGUGAAGAUCUGAUUUGCGUUUGCUUCGAAAAUCGAUUCAUGGAUGUAUGUGGUUUGAUUUACCCCUUGGAGCACUCAACCACUGUCUCUAAUGGUGAAGCUACCGGACCGAUAGCGUAGGAUGAAAUUCAAAGCAUUAAUUUGCUUGGUUUGCCUAUACUAUAGGAUAUGUUUAGCGACUUCUCCAAGGAUUUUAUACGCAAACCGGAGAGACAUCAGAAUAGUACGACCAAAUCAAAAGAACCAAAAUGAAACUAUCGUAGCUGUUGGUCUUUUGAAUGCUAUCGCUGUAGAUUUCAGCUACGAAGAUGGAUACAUAUUUUGGACGGAUGUCAACGAUGAGAAAAUCAAACGAAUUCGUAUGACGGAAAGUUCUAACUCAAGAAAAGUUGAAGAUGUUAUAUCUUUGGGUUUGAAAAAGCCCGAAGGAUUAGCCGUAGAUUGGGUAGGAAAAAAGUUGUAUUGGACUAAUUGUGGAGAUUCUGACUGGGAAACAAACAGAAUCGAAGUUGCAAAUUUUGAUGGAUCCUAUCGCAAAGUUCUUUUCUGGAAAGACUUGGGUCUUCCAAGGGCGAUUGCAGUGGAUCCACUCAAAGGGUUCAUGUUUUGGACAGAUUGGGGUGAAGAACCCAAGAUAGAGAGAGCUGAAAUGGAUGGCUCUAAUCGUUCUGUAAUUGUCAGACAAGACAUUCAUUGGCCCAAUGGGCUCACAAUAGACUACAGUGCAGAGAAAAUUUACUGGACAGAUGCAAAAUUGUUUUAUAUAGCUAAAGCUAAUUUUGAUGGUUCAAACCGGGAGAGAAUAUUUAAAACUCCAAGUCAAUGUAUUUUGGCAAAUCAAGCUCAUCCAUUUGCUUUGACAUUAUAUGAAAACAAAAUUUAUUGGACAGAUUGGACUACUAGAGGGAUACAUUCUGCAAAUAAAAACAGUGGGAUGCGGUGUCAAAUGGUCUGGUCAACUACUUAUGUACCCAUGGAUAUACAUGCAUAUGAACCAAAAAAACAGUUGCCAAGGCCAGGUCAAAAUCCUUGCAAUUCUACUCUCAAUGGAGGGUGCACCCAUCUUUGUCUGUUGAAUACGCAUGGUCGCUCUUGUGCGUGCCCAACUGGUGUGAAGCUUUUGUCUGAUGGAAGAACAUGUGAAAAAGGCCCUUUCCAUUUUCUAUUGCUGGCAAGAAAAGGGGACCUGCGGCGUAUAUCACUUGAUACACCUGAUCUCACAGAUGUUGUUUUACCCGUGUCUGGAAUCAGCCAUGCAGUCGCAAUUGAUUUUGAUCCAGUGGAUAGAUAUGUUUACUGGAGUGAUGAUGAAAAACUUGAAAUUAAAAGAUGCCGGUUGGAUGGAGACGAUGUUCAGGUAGUAGUAAGGAGUGAGCUGAAACAUCCUGAUGGUAUUGCUGUUGACUGGGUGGCGCGGAACUUGUACUGGAUAGACACAGGCACUAAUAGAAUUGAAGUCAGCAGACUAAACGGCUCUGCCAGAAGAGUUCUUAUUGAUGAAAAUCUUGAUGAACCAAGAGCAAUAGUAUUGGAUCCAACUAAAGGGUACAUGUACUGGACUGAUUGGGGAAAACACCCAAAGAUUGAGAGAGCAGAGCUUGAUGGGAGUCAUAGAGUCAUCUUAGUGAAUUCCUUGGUCGCGUGGCCAAAUGGCCUCACCAUUGAUUAUCUGAAGCAAAAGAUUUACUGGGCUGAUGCAAGGAAUGACAAGAUAGAAGUCAUGAACUUCGAUGGGAGUGCCCGCCGUAUUAUUUUAGAUAAAGAAUUGCCUCAUGUGUUUGGCUUUACUGUGCUUGGGGAUAAUCUUUAUUGGACGGACUGGAAGAAGAGGUCAAUAGAGAGUGCGAACAAAAGAACUGGUGAAGACAGAAGAGUACUGAUUGACAGCCUACCCCAUCUUAUGGGACUAAAAGCUGUAAACCUUAAUCUCUCCUAUGGUUCCAAUGCCUGUCAGCGCAAAAAUGGAGGCUGUAGUCAUUUGUGUUUAUACAGGCCAUCAGGACCCAAAUGUGAAUGCCCAACAGGAAUGGAGCUUCUUUCUGACAAGAAGACUUGUAUAUUACCAGAAGCUUUUCUUUUGUUUUCAAAUGCUGAUGAUAUCAGGAGAAUUUCUUUGGAAACCAACAAUGGUGUUGUCAUUCCAUUGGUUGGCAUUAAGGAAGCAAACGCUCUUGAUUUCAGUGUUCAUGACAUGCAGAUUUAUUGGUCAGAUUUGACCCUCAAGACUAUUAGUCGAGCAUUUCUGAAUGGUAGCAAUGUACAGCACUUGAUUGCUGUAGACCUGUCCUACCCUGAUGGCUUGGCUGUGGACUGGAUUGCCAAGAAUCUUUACUGGACAGAUUCAAAGCUCCAGAGAAUAGAGUUGUCACGACUGGAUGGCCAGCAUAGGAAAAUGCUGAUUUGGAAGGAUUUGUGGGAACCACGAGAACUGACUCUUGAUCCUGUGUCUGGGCAUAUGUACUGGGCAAACGGUGGAUGGUACCCAAAGAUAGAGAGAGCAGACCUGGAUGGUUCUAACAGACAGACUAUCGUCCCAAAUGUCACUCGUCCAACUGGGUUGACAAUUGAUUUUUCUGCGGAAAUGAUAUUUUGGGUUGAUACCGAGAACAAGGUGAUUGAGUGUGCAAAUUUAAAUGGUUCAAACAGACAGGUGAUUGCAUCAGAGCUUCCCAAACCAUUUGCUUUGACCCAGUACAAGGAUUACAUCUAUUGGACAGAUCAGAAACUCAGCUCAAUCUACCGCGCCAACAAAACGAAUGGAAUGGAGAGGAUUCAGAUCAAGGGCAACAUAGAAUUUACUAUCAUGGAUAUCUUGGUUUUUCAUGGCAGCAGACAGGAAGGUUCCAAUCUCUGUGCCUUCAGGAAUGGAGGAUGUAGUCACCUGUGUCUGGCUAAACCUGGGAAGAGAAAGGAGUGUUCCUGUCCUACACACUAUACCUUAUCCAUGAUUGACAAUAAAACUUGCUUAGCCCCCCGUGUUUUCAUGCUGUACAGCACCAAAACAGAAAUUCGACGAAUCCUGUUCGAUUCAUCCGAUAACCUUGAUGUAGUUUUACCUGUCCGUGGUCUGUCAAAUGUUCAGGCCGUUGAUUUUGAUAUUAACAGCCAUCGUCUCUUCUGGAUCGAAGACUCCCGCAUUAAAUUUGCAUAUCAAAACGGCUCCAGUGGGGACAAGGUCAUAAACCUUGAUCCAGAGGCGUCUCCAUAUGACUUGGCCAUUGACCCGUAUGCAAAGCAAUUGUUUUGGACGGACUCUGUUACUAACAGUAUCAAUGUGUACAGUUUAAGAAACAAUACCAACCUGGGAGAAGUGUUUAAGAAAGACGGUGUUUCUCCUCGGUCAAUUGUGCUCUAUCCUGAGAAAGGGCUUAUGUACUUCACCAAUGUCAAUCCAAAGACCAAGGGUAUCAUGAAGGUGCCAAUGGCUGGGGCAGACAAGGUGCAGCUUUCUGUUGACAAUCUGCUUCUGUUCAGUGCUGACUCUCCGGGAGACUUAGCAGUGGAUAAGGAAGGCAAGAAACUUUACUGGACUGACACGGAACUGAAGAAGAUUGAAUAUGGCGACCUGGAAGGGACUAACAGAGCCACGCUGGUGGAGAGACAUGUCUUGGAUCCCGUUGGCCUGGCAGUUUAUGGGAAUCAUGUUUACUGGAUCGACCAGGAGUCGCGCUGGCUCAAGAAAAUUGAAAAGAUCGGUGAAUUGGAAGAAGACUUUGGCAGCACGGUGCAAGCCUCUAUCGAUGGUUUGACAGAUAUGAUUGUGGUUGAUAUGAGGAAGUCAACAGCUCACCAUCCUUGUACUAGAAACCAUUGUUCACACAUCUGUUUGGUCGGUGAUCACAACAAAGCUCAGUGUUCCUGCCCUAUGGAAUUGAUCCUAACUGAGGACAAUUCAACUUGCGGACCUCCAAGGGAAUGCCCGCCAAACGCGUUUUCCUGUCCAAGCGGACCUUGCUUAUUAGAAAGUUGGGUUUGUGAUGGUAAUCCAGACUGUGAGCCUGAUGGUGCCGAUGAAAAGAAUUGUUCUCCUUGCGGCGAUGACCAAUUCGCCUGCCGCACUGGAGGUCAGUGUAUCGAUAUGAAGAAGGUGAAUGACGGUGUGGGGGAUUGCCUUGACGACUCGGACGAGUCUGAUUGCUCACGGAAAUGCUCGAACGUUGAGUUUGGAUGCCAUGAUGACGACUGUUCGUGUAUCGCUUUGGACUGGAAAUGCGAUGGAACACUAGACUGUCCUAAUAAUAGAGAUGAAAUGGAUUGCGAUGUUACUCCAGUGAAUGGCACAGACAAGUUACCUAAUCCUUUGCACCAUUCAAAUCUCAGUGGUAAAAUGGUGGCAGUCAUUGUGGCGUCAAUCAUCGUGGGUGUCAUCUUCCUCACUGUCGCUGUACUCAUCUGUCGCAGGCUUAAGCACGGCCCAGACUGUGACGUAACUCACGAUAUCGGAUUAGUCGUGACUCCAGUUCUCCAUCCCAGGCCUUCCUCGUCAGCAUCGUCAUCAUCGUCGACGUCAUCUCGGCAUGACAUGUUUGUGACAGCACCUUUAAGAAAAGGUCCCGGAUCAGCGGGCUCAUCGCAUAAGCGCUCGAAAUCAAACGGAACGGCGCCGAGCUUAAGCAACCGUUCAAGCGCCUCACAGACAGCAUACGACCGGAACAAUUUAACUGGAGCUUCGUGCUCGUCAACCGCGUCAACAGUUGUCACAGCAUACUUCCAUGAGCCCCUGAACCCGCCGCCGUCGCCGGUUACGGAACGUUCUCAGUACACCUCGCGAUCACGUCCAUAUUGUGAGUCCCUGUUACCGCCGUCUUCAUGCACGUCACACAGAUGUCAUCGGCCGAGAAUGCCUCCACCCCCGACGCCUGUCUCCACUGACGCGGAGUCGGUUGGGAGUCGGCAUCAAUGUCGCAGAGUUCACCGUUGUAGGCACAAACGUUACGCGGCGUCGUCCUGCACGGAGGCAGCGUAUGAUUCGGAUUUAUUCGCACCGCCUCCGACGCCAAACACGAACUAUCUUUCAGAAGCGACACAUUUUUCGGAUCAGGAGGGUCCACCUCCUUCUCCUGCUUUAACUGAAAGACACUUUUUUGCGCAUCCGUAUCCUCCUCCACCCUCUCCAGUGACUGAUGCGCCGUCAGUGAUUUUGUAACGCAGUUGUUGAGGAAAGGGUUCUAUCGCGUGUUCCCCUGUCACGCAAUCGUCAGGGUUUCAAAUGUGGUACUGGACAGAUAUCACUUCUUAGAUCAAGAAACCGGACGCUAUUCUAUCGUCUUGGGUGACCGUGGUCGUUACUAUAGACACGAUUACCAUGCGCGAUUUUAACGCAAUGAAGAAAAAUUCACAUUUUCGUCAAGAUUAUCCACAUGACCCUAAUGACAUCUUAAUUUCCGUGGAAAGGAAAUAAAAUGACUUUUUCUGGUGGUUCAGAAGAAAUGUGAAAGCAGGUAUAUACUGGCGACCCAUUGUACACUGCAAUGCACAAGGCGAUUUCUGGAAAAUGGCAGUUCAUUUUCAAAUAUCUCGAGGUUUAAAGUCUGCGAAUGUUUUGUACUCCUUUGAAUUUUUGCUUUUGUCUUUGCUAAGUUCCCAUAUUUCGUUUCCAUAUUUUGUGCCAACUUGAAGUUCAGAAUUAGUAGAAAAUUUUCCUCGGAGGGUCGUCUUUCCGAGUAAGUCGGCGAUUCACGAAUAGUUCCUUGUGAAUUGAUGGUCAUUGGUGAAUCAUUCAUCUUAAUUGAAAAAUUAUAGAUGGCGGACCAGUAAGCAUUAUUGGCGAGCAUCGACAUUAUUUCUAGAACACUAGAGACCAUUAUUUUCAUUGGCAAGUCACCAAUGGCCUUUGGUGGACAACUAAUGGCCAAUGGUGAACCACCAAUGGCCAAUGGUUGACCAUCACUGGUGGUUGAAUCAUUUAUCGUUUUUAAGGGUGGGUACACACUACUGAGACAUUUUUCUUCGUAUGACAGGAUUGAUUUUUUGAAAAACCUUUGCCCGUGCGACAAAAUUCUGCUCCCGGAACAAGUCGUCUAAAUUCAUACUCGUAUGAACUUGUAAGGUGAUGACAUGGGUUGCAGCGACUUGGUUCGGAAGCAGUGCCCAUAAUGUGGUUUGUCGCGUAGACCCUGCCGCGUCGAUUUGGCGCCUGUUAGGUCCUGGAAAUUAAGAGUACCAUCGAUGAAUUAUCAGUUGCAAUUCGCGACUCUCCUAUCAUUAAUAAGGUCAUUUGCGCCAUUCUGCGCUAUCAAGUAGAAACAUUAACACGGCUUUUAACAGUUUCAAACGGUGUCAAAAUUAUUUAUUGUAAAUACUGUACAUAAUUUGUAAAUGGUGCUUUACAUUUAACCUAGAGUAUCUAUUGUCAGGCAGUUUUGCUGGUGACUUUUAAAUUUUCCUAGAUUAAUAUAUUUUUAAUAAAGAUGUUUGUAUACA